AUGGCCUUGAUUAAAAUAGUUUUCAACCAAUCUGGCCCCACUGAGUUUGUGUUCCAAGCCUUCACCUCGGUCCCUGAAUUCCAGGUUCUCCUCUUCCUUCUCUUCCUCCUCCUCUACCUGAUGAUCCUGUGCGGCAACAUGGCCAUCAUCACAGUGGUCUGCACCCACAGCUCCCUCCUCAUCCCCAUGUAUUUCUUCCUAUGCAAUCUGUCUUUGCUAGAAAUCUGCUACACCACCGUGGUGGUGCCCCUGAUGCUUGCCAAUAUCUUGGGGGCCCAGAAGCCCAUUCCACUGGCGGGCUGUGGGGCCCAAAUGUUCUUCUUCAUCACCUUUGGCAGCACCGACUGCUUCCUCUUGGCAGUCAUGGCUUAUGAUCGCUAUGUGGCCAUCUGCCACCCGCUGCACUACACGCUCAUCAUGACCCAGAGGCUGUGUGUGCAGAUGGUGACGGGUGCCCUGGGCCUGGCACUCUUCCUGUCCCUGCAGCUCACGACCUUGAUCUUCACUGUUCCUUUUUGCCGGGCUCGAGGUAUCCAGCACUUCUUCUGCGAUGUGCCCCCUGUGAUGCGUCUGGUCUGCACCAACAGUCACAUUCAUGAAAACUCCGUGCUGGUGGCAGCCACUCUGGCUGUGCUUUUCUUCUUCAUUGCCGCCUCCUAUAUCUUCAUUGUGAACGCUGUGCUUAAGAUCAACUCUGCAUCUAGCCACCACCGGGUCUUCUCCACCUGCUCCUCUCACCUCCUGGUGGUCCUACUGCAGUAUGGCUGUUGCGCAUUCAUGUACCUGCGCCCCAACUCCAACUAUAACCCCCAAGCAAGAUCAGUUAUCUCAUUGGUGUAUAUCUUGGGAACCCCACUGCUCAACCCACUUAUUUACACUCUGAGGAACAAUGAGAUGAAAGGGACAUUAGGAAAAAUUCUAACCAGGAAUUACAUUCCCCAGAAUAGCUAG